CUUGUUCUAUAAUAUUCAUAGUGAAUGUGUUUACAGCUUUGAAGUCCAAUAGGCAUUUCUUUUGGCAGGGAAUUUGCAAAUGACCAAUAACACCUUAGGCAGAGUGAAGGCCAUAUCUACACCCGUGAAAGGAGCAGAACAUUAUCUUCCUCAUGACUGGUCACACUGCGAAUCUCUGUCUUUGCGAGACUGAUCGCUCCAGAACCGUGGCUCCCUGUCAACCAGCAUGUUCUUUAGCCUGAGAUGGUCUCUCGUAGCAAUCUGCAUUGGGGCAGCGUAUAUUAUUGGAUGCGAUUCAGGAACAGACCCAAACAGUUUCAGCAACAACAGGAUACUGCAAAAUGACACUAUGGAGGAGAGAUUUACUUAUGCAAAAAAAGCGAUACCACACAAUGUCACAGGCACCGUGCCAUUGGUCAAAGGUUUUGUCUCUACAGCAGUUGCUGUGAUUUGUUUUGGCAGUAAUUUUGUUCCAGUGAAGAAAAUUGAUACAGGGGAUGGUCUAUUUUUCCAGUGGAUUUUUUGUACUGCAGUAUGGGUUGUCUCACUAGUGGUACAUCUCAUUCAACGGUGUCCACAGUUCUGGCCUCUCACAAUGUUAGGUGGAUUUCUGUGGGCUACAGGAAAUAUCACAGUUAUUCCCAUAUUGAAAACAGUUGGGCUUGGCAUGGGAGUUUUAAUCUGGGCUACUUUUAGCCUUUUAAUGGGCUGGGCUAGUUCAAGGUUUGGCUGGUUUGGAUUGGAUGUCCAAAAAGUUCCAAGUCCUAUUUUAAACUACAUAGGAACAGCAUUAGCAGGUUUAAGCGCUGGAAUUCUUAUUUUUGUGAAAACUGAGAGUAAAGAACUGCCACCAGAGGAUAAGUCUCCCUUAAUAGAGGACAAUGAAAUGGAAGCUCUGCAGCCUUUAUCAUUAGAGGAAACUUCAACUAAACGAGGAGAUGCUUGCUGGACUGAUAAUCUCAAUCCACUACAAAAGAAACUGGUUGGCUGCAGUCUUGCCAUGUGUGCGGGUUUACUGUACGGCUCCAGCUUUGUACCAGUCCUCUACAUUAAGAACCAUGCUGAGAGAAAUGAGACCGAGUUUUUUGGUGCAAGUCAGUUUGACAUGGAUUAUGUUUUUGCAUACUGCAGUGGGAUUAUUCUAACCAGUACAAUCUAUUUUCUCAUAUACUGUGCAGUGAAGAAAAACAAACCAAGUGUUUAUUCAACAGCAAUAUUACCUGCUUUCUUUUCAGGACUCCUGUGGGGAAUAGCAAACAGCGCGUGGUUUCUGGCAAACUAUUUCCUUGGUGCAGUUAUCACUUUUCCUCUUGUUACUGCUGGUCCUGCUGUAAUCUCGUUAACCUGGGGAGUGUUUUACUUUAAAGAGAUAAAGGGUUUAAAGAACUUCAUAAUACUGGGUGUCGUGCUUGCGGUUGCUGUUACUGGAACAAUACUCAUAGGAUUAUCUAAAAUAGAGGGAAUCGCCUAAUGCAUAUUGUGGAAAACAGAAUAACAGAGUACCUACCAUUUCUCAGAAGGAAUAAAAACCCUUCUGUAAUGUACCUGAUACAAAUUAUAAUAAAUAUUUGAUUGUAUUUGUGUGCACUGUUAUGUCAUAUGUCUAAACUGACACAUAGCAUAACAUAGAUGCACUUAUAGUUAAAGUGCAUUGAUUGAAAUACACUAUGUAAUCAUUAAAAAGCAGUAUUCUAGCAGAAAAGUGAUAUUGUAAUGCUUAGACUAAUUCUCAGUUUCUUACCAGGAUUCUAUUCCCUAUGAAAUAUUUAGUGAGCUGUACUGUAUGCCAAUAAAAGGAGGCAAUUUGUGUAACAAAUAACGAUAGAAGUUAGUAGUCAGUACAAAAUAUAGCAAAAUUUCCAAAGUGCACUUUCUUCCUUCAUUCCAUAUGGCUGGAUUUUGUAGUCAAAAUCAAUGGUGAACUGCUGGCUUUAGCCUCAAAUAUGCUGUGAAACAGACAACAUCUUCUGACAUCAGCACAGAAAUUCAGAAAUUGCUAUUAGUAAUUUCUCACUUUUC